AUGUCUGGAAGAGGCAAAGGUGGUAAAGGACUCGGGAAAGGAGGCGCUAAGCGUCAUCGUAAGGUUCUCCGUGAUAACAUCCAGGGUAUCACCAAACCCGCCAUCCGUCGGCUCGCUCGCCGUGGUGGUGUCAAGCGUAUCUCCGGGCUUAUUUACGAGGAGACCCGCGGUGUGUUGAAGGUCUUUCUGGAGAAUGUUAUCCGUGAUGCCGUCACCUACACCGAGCACGCCAAGAGAAAGACCGUCACCGCUAUGGAUGUCGUGUACGCGCUGAAGAGACAGGGACGCACACUGUAUGGUUUCGGAGGUUAGACGACAAAGAAAAUCAAAACUCAACGGCUCUUCUAAGAGCCACCCAAACUUUCAUCUAAAGAGCUGAACCUUUAAAUUAUAAAAGUUUAAUUGUUUUUAUAAUGUUUGAGUCGCGUUCCUCAACGUACACUUUCUGACACUGAUAAAAGAUAUUUUUUGUUGUUGUUUGUGUUGAACUAUUUAUCGAAACUUUUCAUUGAGCACUAAUCCCUCGGUUAGUAAUUAUAUUCUUUCUUUGUUUUUCUUUGGGAUUGUUUUGACGAGUGUUAAGAGUCUGUUUAACUCGACGUUUAAAGAUGCGUUUGUGGUCCAGAUAAUCGCAAUACGAGAACAUAAAGAGGAUCUGAGCAAAUCUAUAGCAAAGGCGAAA